CCGCCCAGGAGCUGAGGACUGUCCUCCCAGCCCUCUCCAGCGCUGCGGCUGCUGCUGCUCUGCUAACGGGCUCCGACCCAGCGAGCGCCGCGUCUGCGCGUCCCUCCACCCGUCUGUCCGUCUGCUCAUCUGCGCCAGGAGGCCUCCGCCGCGCGUGUUUUGUGCUGCUGCAGAACCUGAGACCAUGGCCAAACCAGCACAGGGUGCCAAGUACCGAGGCUCCAUUCAUGACUUCCCUGACUUUGACCCCAGCCAGGAUGCCGAGACUCUGUACAACGCCAUGAAGGGCUUCGGCAGUGACAAGGAGGCCAUCUUGGAACUGAUCACUUCCCGGAGCAACAGGCAGAGGCAGGAGAUCUGCCAGAACUACAAGUCCCUCUAUGGCAAGGACCUCAUUGCUGACUUGAAGUAUGAGCUGACGGGGAAGUUUGAACGACUGAUUGUGGGUCUGAUGAGGCCACCUGCCUAUGGUGAUGCCAAAGAAAUGAAAGAUGCCAUCUCGGGCAUUGGUACCGAUGAGAAGUGCCUCAUUGAGAUCUUGGCUUCCCGGACCAAUGAGCAGAUCCACCAGCUGGUGGCAGCGUACAAAGAUGCCUAUGAGCGAGACCUGGAAGCUGACGUCAUUGGGGACACCUCCGGCCACUUCCGGAAGAUGCUCGUGGUCCUGCUGCAGGGAACCAGGGAGGAGGACGAUGUAGUGAGCGAGGACUUGGUGCAACAGGACGUCCAGGACCUGUACGAGGCAGGGGAAUUGAAAUGGGGAACAGAUGAAGCCCAGUUCAUUUACAUUUUGGGAAAUCGCAGCAAGCAGCAUCUUCGGUUGGUGUUUGAUGAGUAUCUGAAGACCACGGGGAAGCCGAUCGAAGCCAGCAUCCGAGGGGAGCUGUCCGGGGACUUUGAGAAGCUGAUGCUGGCUGUGGUGAAGUGCAUCCGGAGCACCCCCGAGUACUUUGCUGAAAGGCUGUUCAAGGCCAUGAAGGGCCUGGGGACCCGGGACAACACUCUGAUCCGCAUCAUGGUCUCCCGCAGUGAGCUGGACAUGCUGGACAUCCGGGAGAUCUUCCGGACCAAGUAUGAGAAGUCCCUGUACAGCAUGAUCAAGAAUGACACCUCUGGCGAGUACAAGAAGGCUCUGCUGAAGCUGUGUGGGGGAGACGAUGAUGCUGCUGGCCAGUUCUUCCCGGAGGCAGCGCAGGUGGCCUAUCAGAUGUGGGAGCUUAGUGCAGUGGCCCGAGUAGAGCUAAAAGGAACCGUGCACCCAGCCAGGGACUUCAACCCCGAUGCAGAUGCCAAAGCAUUGCGGAAAGCCAUGAAGGGGCUUGGGACUGAUGAGGACACCAUCAUCAACAUCAUCACGCACCGCAGCAACGCCCAGCGGCAGCAGAUCCGGCAGGCCUUCAAGUCUCACUUUGGCCGGGACUUGAUGGCUGACCUGAAGUCUGAGAUCUCCGGAGACCUGGCGAGGCUGAUUCUGGGACUGAUGAUGCCACCAGCCCAUUACGACGCCAAGCAGUUGAAGAAGGCCAUGGAGGGAGCUGGCACAGACGAACAGGCUCUCAUCGAAAUCCUAGCCACUCGGACCAAUGCGGAAAUCCGGGCCAUCAACGAGGCCUAUAAGGAGGACUAUCACAAGUCCCUGGAGGAUGCGCUGAGCUCAGACACAUCCGGCCACUUCAAGAGGAUCCUCAUCUCUCUGGCUACGGGGAACCGUGAGGAGGGAGGAGAAGACCGGGAACGGGCCCGGGAAGAUGCGCAGGUGGCUGCUGAGAUACUGGAAAUAGCAGACACUUCCAGUGGCGACAAGUCUUCCCUGGAGACACGGUUCAUGAUGAUCCUGUGCACGCGUAGCUAUCAGCACCUCCGGAGAGUCUUCCAGGAGUUCGUCAAGAUGACCAACUAUGACGUGGAGCACACCAUCAAGAAAGAGAUGUCUGGGGAUGUCAGAGACGCUUUUGUAGCCAUUGUUCAGAGUGUCAAGAACAAGCCGCUCUUCUUUGCUGACAAACUUUACAAAUCCAUGAAGGGUGCUGGCACGGAUGAGAAGACCCUCACCAGGAUCAUGGUCUCCCGGAGUGAGAUUGACCUGCUCAACAUCCGGCGGGAGUUCAUUGAGAAAUACGACAAGUCUCUCCACCAAGCCAUUGAGGGCGACACCUCUGGGGACUUCCUGAAGGCCUUGCUGGCUAUCUGUGGAGGCGAGGACUAGGACCACCGGCACUGGCGGGCACCUCUGCCGAGCGACGGUCAGCAGCACCACCCGCCACCACCCAGCCUGACUGCUCCGCUCCAGCUCCAGAGACUAAGGAAGGGAUGGGGCGGGGGCGGGGUGGGCUCUCGUCUUCAACUGGGGUUUAGGAAAGGCUGCUGCUCCCAUGAGCCACUGAGGGCCCAGCACAGUCGCUCUUGCUCACCUCUGAGCGGCUGAAGAACCGUAACCAUUGAUCCCGUCCGCCUCCGCUCCCCAUCUUCCUCCUCACACCUUCCUAGCUUCUGUGCCUCAUCACAGCCCCUGUCCUGGUUUGGGCUUUGUCAAAUUCAAAACCAUACUGAGCCUUUGUCUGUGAA